AUGCUGAGACUAUUUGUAUUAACAUUAAUAACUAGCACAAUGUGCUUAAGUCUAGUGGACAGGGAUGUGUCCCACGAGACCAUGGAUUCAAACGCACAGAUAAUCCGCGGACACGACGCCAAAGCCGGUGAUAACCCACACAUGUGUUCACUGCGAUGGGACGGUAUACACGAUUGCGGCGCCAGUAUUAUAGGGGAUCAAUGGGUAGUAACCGCCGCCCACUGUGUAUUAAUUUGGGACACAUAUCAUAUCAAAAACGGUACAGCAUCAUUGCACUGUGGCACUAUUGCACGUAGCACAAGUGGUUCAAAUUAUAAUGUUAGCAAGAUUAUUUAUCAUGAAUUAUAUGACCAGCCACCAGGACUUCACGAUAUAGCGUUAGUGAAAAUUGUGGGUAAAUUUGAACUUGGUUCAAAGAAUUUGAAUAAAAUCGAAAUGGCUGCCAAUGACACGGAUGUAGCACCGGGAUCUAUAGUUAGAUCAAUUGGUUGGGGUAUGACUAAUGAAAACAUUACGACAUUACCCGAGAUAUUACAAACACUGGAUGUGCCGGUUGUUAAACGCAGUGACUGUCAGUCCAUUUAUAUAGACUUUUAUAACUAUACCGUCGCUGAGACCAGUAUAUGCGCUGGUGGUGAGGGCCGGGAUGUCUGUGGCCAUGAUUCAGGGUCACCCCUUACGCAUAAUAAUAUUUUUGUUGGCAUAACCAGUUGGGGCAAAGCUUGUGCUCAUGUAGGCUAUCCAACCGGCCAGUCCGGCACUACCGCCGUUCCCAAUCUGUUCGGGGAAUACCAUCAUUACUACGGCUAUGACCAGGAUAUAGCCUACGCCGAGCCAGUCCAUUAUGAGACCCAGAGAACGGGAUGCACAGACAAAAAGGAACCAGGUGGCAGUAUGGGCCAGUCCGGCACUACCGCCGUUCCCAAUCUGUUCGGGGAAUACCAUCAUUACUACGGCUAUGACCAGGAUAUAGCCUACGCCGAGCCAGUCCAUUAUGAGACCCAGAGAACGGGAUGCACAGACAAAAAGGAACCAGGUGGCAGUAUGGUCAUUUUGGUAGACAUAGUACUGGCGCUCAAAGGCCUCCUGUGCCCCAUAGGCCCGCACACUGACCAACCCAUUAAGGGUUGUGCUCACGUGAGUAAACACUGGACUUCUCGCUAUUAA